AUGUCGCCGGGCGCCCCCUCCCCGGCGGGCGCCGCCUCUCCCGGCAGCCCCGUGCAGCGCUCAAUGUCAUACCCUCCGCACCCAGCAGCGGCGGCCGCGGCGGCUGCGGCUGCGGCGGCCGCGGCGGCGGGGGAGCCGCACCCUCGGCACCAGCACCUCUCGUCGGUGCAGCAGCUGCAGGCGCAGGCGCGCGCGAUGCAGAACCUGCUGAUGCUGCAGCAGCAACAACAGCAGCUGCUCUUGGUGCGCCAGCAGCAGCAGCAGCAGCAGCAGCAGCAGCAUUGGGAGCAGCACCACCACCAGCGUGAGCCGCGUGAGCCGCAGCCUCAGCCGCAGGGGCACCAGCCGCAUGCGUACCCAUAUUUUCGCCAGCAGCAGCAGUACCAGCAGCACCACCAAUACCAGCCGCAGCAGCAGCAACAGCAGAAACAGCAGCAGCAGCAGCAGCAGCAGCAGCAGCAGGUGUUGGUGGACGGUCCAGGGGACGACAUCUUUGCCCAGCCGCCCAGCCCCAGCCAAGGCGGCACGUACCCAGCCGGCCACCCUCCAGAUGUCCCUGCAGCCCGUCGCGGGCCUCGCGGGUCCGCGGGCGCGGCUGCUGCGGGCGGCGGCGGCGCCAGGGUUGGCGGGGUCGAGCUGCGGGGUGACUACGGCGCCGCAGCAGCGUACAGCCGGCAGCAGCACCAGCAGCAGUUUGCUUCUCCCUCGUCGCCAACUGCCGGGAGCGCCGCAGCAGCGGCUGUCUUGCAACAUCACCACCAGCAGCAGCCGCAGCACCAGCACCAGCUGCAGCAGCAGCAGCAGCAGCAGCAGCAGCAGCAGCAGCAGCAGCAGCAGCAGCAGCACCAAUUGCCGCAGCAGCAGCACCACCGCACCGUCGAACCGACCCCCCAGCCCCCUGACAAAGACCUGCGCCGCACGGUCAGCGCAGCGGCAGCGACCGCCGCGCCCGGCCCACUUCCCGGGAUGCCGCCGUUCCCCGGCGCCGCGGCUGGCUUGCAGCAUGGCGCUCCUGCGCCGCACCACGGCGCGCAGGCCCCUCAGCAGCAGCAGCAGCAGCAGCACUUCCCAGAUGGCGCUGCGCCAGGGCCCCAGACGCCCGCGGCUGCGAUGCUUUCAUACCUGUUGGGCCAGCACGCGCAGAGCCGCCUGGCGCCGCACGCACCCUACGCCGUGGCGAUGCCCGUGCCGGCGGGAUGGGUCGCGGUGCACGGCGCGCCGCCCAUGGCUGGCGCUGGCUACCUGCCCCCGGGCGGCGCCGGGCCGCAGCAGGCGCGCCAGCCGGGCGGCGACCGCGAGCGCAGCGGGGGCGGCGGCGGCGGCUCUGGUGGGGGUGCGGCGGCGGCUGCUGACCGCUCUGGUGGAGGUGCUGCUCUGUACCGGGCUCACAGUGUCGGCACGCCGGGCGCCCAGGCAGCAGCAGCACAGCAGCAGCAGCAGCAGCAGCAGCAGCAGCAGCAGCAGCAGCAGCAGCAGCAGCAGCAGCAGCAGCAGCUGCAUCAACAGCAGCAGCAGCACUACUGGGGGGGCCACGAGGCGCUGGCCUGGAGCGGACCGGGUGGGUGCACCUCGUGCACGCCAGACACCGUAUGCGCCGCCUUUCAUUGA